ACUGACAACAGGUAAAAGGUGUUAGCAAUAAUUUGACCACAAAUUUAAAAAGGUUCUUAUGCCAAAACAAAAUAAUGGAGCUGAAUUAAUUUCAGUUUCUCACGUCUGUUGCCGUCAGUUUAUCAAUCACUCAAAUCUCAAAUUUCUCUGCCGCGCACGGCCGUUUCCGGUGACCCUCUUUCUUCAACCACCGAAUUUGAAUACUCCAAUCAUUCUUAGCAUUUACAUAUUGUAAAUAAAAAAUUAUGGAAGCUCAAAGAGUACAAUUAUUAGCUGAAAAAGGCGAAAUAACAGUACCAUCACAAUACAUACAACCGCCGGAUACCAGACCACAAAACCCUAACGCUAACGUAAAGGAGGCAGAAGUACCAGUAAUCGAUCUGAGUUCACGUUCGAACCUUCUAGAAAAAAUGAAGAAAGCGUGCAAAGAAUGGGGAGCAUUUCAAGUAAUAAAUCAUAAGGUACCGAUUUGUUUGCUUGAUGAUAUGAGGAGAGUUGGUAGGAAUUUUUUUGAAGGUUGUGAAAUGGAAGAGAAGCUUAGGUAUUCAUGUGAUUCGAGUUCUCCUGCUUCUGAAGGUUAUGGAAGUCGAAUGUUAGUUGAGUCGAAUGAGACGGUGUUGGAUUGGAGAGAUUAUUUUGAUCAUCAUACUCUUCCGUUGUCUCGUCGUGAUCCUUCUCAUUGGCCUGAAUCUCCUGCUGAUUACAGGAAAGUUGUAGCAGAAUAUAGCGAUCACAUGAAAUCCCUUGCUCAGGAACUUCUUGGUUUAGUUUCGGAGAGUCUAGGCUUGACAUGUCAGUGUAUAGAAAAUAUUGUUGGGGAUUUUUACCAAAAUAUCACUAUUAGUUACUAUCCACCCUGCCCUCAACCGGAGCUUACUCUUGGACUGCAAUCACAUUCUGACAUGGGUGCCAUUACUCUUCUCAUCCAAGAUGAUGUGGGAGGUCUUGAGGUUUUCAAUAAUGAAGAAUGGGUUACUGUUAAACCAAUGUCAAAUGCUAUCUGUGUGAUCUUAGCUGACCAAACUGAGAUUAUAACUAAUGGCGAGUACAGAAGUGCUCAACAUCGCGCACUGACAAACGCUAAGAGAUCCCGGCUAUCAGUUGCCACAUUUCAUGAUCCUGCCAAGGCCAGGCAAAUAUCCCCUGCCUUCCAUCCACCUAGAUAUCGCCCAGUGAUUUAUGGCGACUAUGUUUCGUCAUGGUACACUAAAGGGCCAGAAGGGAAGAGGAAUCUUGAUGCACUUCUAAUUUAAUUGUUUUAACUUCUUUUUCUGCGGUUAUUCAUUCAACUUAGGAUGAGUGCUCAUUGUGUUACUUUGACCAACAUUUGUGGUCCAUGCAGAGUUUGAUGAAUAAUAGUGUACAGUUGUUAGGAGCGGCAAAUGGGCGGUUUGAGUCAAGCUGGACUGAAUCAAUAAAUGGUCAUUUGCCACUUCCAAAAAUUCCGCCAAAGUCUACUUGGGUUAAGAUGGAUUGUGUCAAGAUGGGCUAAACAAUGGGUUCUAGUUCAACUCUCA